GCGCGUGAGAGCUCGUCGACUGGCUGCAAUGUACCAAGAGCGGAACGAGAGGAAGGGGGGUUGCUUCCGGCUGGGGACGCUCGUUGGGCAAGGCGUCAGCUGCCUCUCGAAAACAGCGAGUUUCGGCAUGGGUGCUGCUGGGCCUGCAGCCAACGCAGCCCUGCGAAACCUCAUGCAGUGCUUCGGGAGGCGCCAAAAGGUGAUCAUGCACUCCGGCUGAAGCCUGGCUGGCACAGUUACGGACUGCGACGGUCUGGCACUUGACCUUUGAAAGUCGUACGACCCACCAAUUGAGGCGCCCCGGAAGCGUCUUCCAAUCGACAGACGUGACCCGGUCGUUCAUCCAACCUUAAAAGCAGCUUCCAUUCCUACGCCAGUCGUCACUUGGAUGCGCAUGUUUCUGCCGGCAUCUACACUCGUUCCGCGUCACCUUGUUACUCUUCCGCGUUCGGACACGUAUCGGCUUGCCGCUCUUUGACCCCAUCACGAGUUUUGGCUAUCGUUGGUACCAUUCUUCCGUUAUCGAUGGCGCUGCGGACCCGGUACCAGAGCUUGUCUGUCGGAGUUUGGUUCGCAAGACUUGGAACGUGAGGCUUGGAAUGCGUUUCAGAACUCUGGAUGAUGGAAUUGGAGAAAGGCAGAGGGUUAGCGCCAACGAGCUUCUAGGCCUGGCAAAGAAGAGGUCGGAGUCGAUUUUGUCGAUUCGUGGCGCCAAUCGAUGGAGUUGGAAGGAGAGGAGAGAAGGAGGGGGUGGGGCGUGGUCGUUCUGGUGACCUUGGCGAUGGCGAGUGCGACCCAUGGAGACGGCUGGUUUGGUGGGGGGUCGAUUUUGAGCCAAUCGCUGCCCUUAUAUUGACCAGCUGAGUCUAAUGAAACAAUUUGCCUGGCCCCGUUGCUCGGGGCGAGGCCGAGGAGGAGAUCUCUAACUUUGUCUGUGUGAACGCUAUGAUUGGAUUCUAAGAAAGGGUAAGCUAUAAUUGUAAGCUACAGGGACCGCAAACCCUCGACAUCAAUGUCCCAGGCGUGCAGGUUCUUGAGUGGGCUGUAGUCGCUGUAGGCAGUCUCGAGUUGGCCUGUGACGGCAGGGCAUUGUGGGCCACGCGCCGGGUAGUGUCAGUGGUCGAGGAGAUGGUGGGAUCUGGGGUCCGCACGUGAUGAGAUGAUGCCUUGUGUCGGCCCGCGGGUGCUGUUCUUCAUAAAGAGGAGCCUCCUGGCAAGGGCAUGUCCAUGUCCCUCCAGCUUGCUUGGUGUCUCCUCGCUGCCUCACCCAGUCUGGUCAAGUCUCACUCGACUCGCGCAGUCUGCUCGCCUUUCAUUCUUGUGCAUUGCCUGCCUGAGCCUCACAUCACACUCCGAGCUGGGUAGCUUGAUAGCUCACAGCCAUUGCCAGCCACUACCAGCCACCAGCGCUCGUUUAUGGCUUCAGCUCGUCAUCUCGUGCCGCCAUCUGCCAGCAACUCACUCAUGGGCAACUGCCCUCGGCCACGCUCGCGCUCGCCAGCCCGUCCGGGGAUUUCUCCUAUUUCGUCACGUCCGACAUCUGCUACCCCAUCCAGCACGUCUGUGUCCUCUUCAGCGACGCAGCGCGCUGAACGCGUCGAGCGGGCAGAGCUGGGGAGGGAAAGGGAACGAGGCAGGGAGCCCGCUCCUUACUUGACACACGAGGUGGUGCACCAUGGUCGGAGAACACUCAUUCCACCCGACAACGCCGGCAGGAGACGCAAAGGGAAGAACCCGAAGCGCCGGGAGGAGAAACGCGAGGAGGAGGUCCGCUUUAAUCUCGGCUACCCCUUCAAAGCCACGCGCCAGGCGAGAGAGAGGCGUCGCCAGCAACAGCAGCAAGAGAACGCAGAUCCUCCGCCGCCGUCGUAUGAGGCGACGACGGCCGUACCGAACGUGCUCGAUAUGAACCCACACCAUUCCCAGGAGAUCCCGUCACCAUCCGUUGCGUCUUUCCGUUCUGCUGCAACGUCCUUGCCCAUCGAGUCCCAUGGUCCCCCGCCGCCCAUUCCCCUAUCCACUCGGCCCGAUCUUCCGCGGGUUCCGACAGACGUUGAAGACCCGUCGUCUCCUCGAGAGAGCAUCGGCAGUGAUUCGCCUACGCCAACACCCUCUUCUUCUUCUUCUAAGCCCACCUACGGGUACGAAGAGAAAUUUGCUGAUGCAGAGGAAUAUGACUCGGACUCCAGCUGCGGGUAUGAGAUGGUAGACCUCGACCCGUCGCAGCGUUGGGAGAAGGAUCGUGAAGCUGCAGGACUUAGCAUCGCCGUCCGGAAAGAGAAGGGUCGCAUUGAGGAACGCGAGAAGAAUACGUCGCCGCCCGACACUCCGGCCUCCUCUCAUGCACCGACUCUUGCACAACUGGAAAAGCUCGAGGGAAUGGGGAAAUCUGCUAGUCCUCGAAAACGUCUGAUGCAGAAGCUCUCGGUCAAGAUCCCUUCCAGCAUACACAACACUGCCGGUUCGCACGCAUCCAUGCAGUCGACGUCUACAGUGUCCUCAGCUUCGAACACGGCUGCGACGACUCCAUCGACGCCAGGAACCAUGCGUACGCUGUUCCGCACUCAAUCGCCCCCACAACCGCCUCCGACCACGCCUAGCACAUCCAGGCUCGCACUUUUGCGCGGUCACACAUUCAAUCGUAGCUCGCCCAUGCUGGCCGAACGUGGCAACGCUGGCGCCGCCUCUUCCCGAGCCCAAAACCCACCUGCCAGUAACACGGGCAAGGGCUCGUCUUUUCUCUCGCAUGUCAAGGGCAAAGCAAAGGCCCGACGCGGUAGCGUACCAGCCUCCACUUGCCCCUUUACCUCAUCCGAGCCCUCCGAGGACUGGGAAGUGCUGCCCAAGGACGUUGACGGAAUCCCUUACGACUUCAAUGAGGGAAACAUGGGUAUCAUGUCCAAACUUCGGCGUCGCUCAUCUAGGGGUGUCCUUCUCCAGGAGACAGCGCCGCAGCCGGGUGCUCGGCCAAUAUUUGCAGAGCUGGAAGGAGGAAGCCCAAGAGGUAGCCGUUCCUCGAGUCAGGUCAGGCAUGAUCCGUCGCCGCUUGGUCAAGGAGAAGCACGUCGCGCGCAGCAGUCCCCGUCGCCUGCGCCUGCACCCGCUGUGCCGAAGGGCCACAUGCGACAUUACACCUCCCCGACACGGUUCAGUGGUUCGGGAGCGGAUCCAGCGAGUGCACCACCGUCGCCUUCGCUUCAUCGCUCUGCAUUCCAGGCGUCAUCGGUGUCGCUUUCGCAGGUCGGGCACGGUAGCGAGACGGCGGCUGCAGCAAGGGAACGCACGACACCUUUCUUAAAGCGGACAAUGCAUCCUUCGAGCCCAACGCGGUCCGAGUUCGACAGGGCGAGCGACCAGCAGUCGAUGCAUUCUCUCUCAAGUCCUACCUCUGCAAUACGCACGAUGCCCAUUCCUGUCUCUAAUCCCUCUGUGGCUAUCGCGAGGCGCGCCGAGCGUUCGUGCUCUCCUAUUCGGACUGGACAUGUUAUCUCGCGGUCCGAAUCAGCUAUCCAUGAUCACCCUCUCGCGCCUCCGUCUGCGAUCCGUACAACACCGACGAUCCGCCCACAGGAUAUUCCUCGCCCUCAGAUUCCUGCGGCUCAGCCGGCUCCGCAGACUCCGCAGGAACCGCAGCUCCCUCCCCAGACCCCACAUACAUCGCAGAUCCCCCGGGCCCAGACGCCGCAAGGUGACACCCUUACCCUGUUUAACAGCGCACCUGCCCUGGAACGCGGCUUCGCCCCUGGCCCAGAGCUGGACGCAAGCUCAGAUCCCAACUUGAGUCCGAGAUCGCGGGACAGGCACGCCAGGGCACGUAGCGUGCAGCGCGAGGAUUCGAGCACACCGACGUACAGCACCGUCUAUGCGGACGCAUCGCCGCCGUACACGCCGCGAGACCCGAGCACGUGUAUCCCGCUGUCGACGCCCAUGCUCAUGCCCGAUGGCGCUGAGGACGGGGAGGGAGCGACGAUGUCGACGCCCACGUCCACGUUCAGCUCUGCGUCGUUCGCGUCGGCGCUUGCGUCGGCGUCGUCCUCUACUGUUGCGUCUGCUGUGUCGACGCCCUCGAUGGGCGUGUCUGCUCUCCCCCUGCCUCCGACGCCGCACUCGCUCGCAGCCUCGAUGACCUCGUUCGGCUCGUCGGCGGCGUCCAGCCCAAGAAAGCACUACCCCGGCCGGCCGCUGCCGGUGACGCCGCCGCGCUCGCCGCUGGCGUGCUCGCCGUCUCCGAUGCAGGCGUGGCUCGCUGCGCGGACGAACACGGGCGCAGGACCGAUGGUGGACGGACACAGGCUGCGCCCGAGCGCGUCGGCGCACAAUCUGAGCAUCGGCACGGGCGCCGGCGUGGGCGAAGUCAGGCUGCGCCCGAGCGCGUCUGUACAGUUCCUUAAAGGGCGAACUAACUUCAUUGCCAAUGCGGAUGGCCACGUCGCCUCGAGCUCGACGUUCGGCCCCGCAUCAGCCUCGGGCUCGGGCUCGGGUGUGCCAGAGGGCCUGCUCAUCGACCUGAGCGAGGACUCGCAGCUCGCGGCGCAUCCGGCACUGUCGCGCUUCGGAGGAGGCGCGGGCGCACCGCUCCCGCCGGAUCUUUUCGACGUCGCCUUCGACGGGCCGAGUGACCGGGACGAAGACCCGGUCGAUGAUCCCGACGAUGAGGAGGAGGAGGAUUAUGACUCGGGCUCGGAGCCUGCGACGCCGACGAGUGGACCUGCGUGGAUGGCUGGUACGCGGAGCGGGAGCCCUAGCGCUGGGGCUGGGGUUGGUGCGGGCAGCGAUGGGCACGGUGUCAGCAGACAUGUUCGCGACAGUUUUUCCUCCAUUCCCUAUGGGUGUUUGCCGGUGGGCAGGGGUGUACAUGCGGGCAUGCACGACUCGAGGCUGUCGCUGGCUUCGAACGGCGCGGACGAUGCGGUGGACGAGUUUCUCUCUGCGCCGUCGACGCCGCUGCCGGCGCAUGCUGUUCUGACGCCGAACGCGCUUGUGCCUGCGCGGCUGCCCAUCCACGCGGAGGUCGGGGCAGAGGAAGAGGAAGAAGAGGAGGAACGAGCUCUUGCCGAAUUCAAUGACGCGGAUGCAGACGGGGAAGCCGAAGAUGAGGAAGGCGAGGUGGACGAGGACGCCUCUGCGACAGCCUCGUACGAGUCUACGCCGUACGGCUCAUAUGACUCGACGCGUCUGCAAGGCAGCGCGAACGACGGCCCAGACGUCGCCUCCGUCCUCGCGCGGCUCAGCUCCGGCCCGGGUGCGCGGGCGGACGGAUCCGACUACGAAGUGAGUGCUCCUGCCGCGCACCGCGAGGGCCACUUGAUGCUCAACAAGCAGCGGCGCGAUGUGGCGGCCGCGACGGCCGCGGCCGGCUCUGCUUCUGCUGCAGCGGGUCAUCAAAGCCAGCCGCCCCGCCGUCGCCGCGGCGGGUGCGGUGCUGCUGCUGCUGCUGCGCUGUUGAUGAUCGCGGAUCUGCUUGGGCCCGCUCGGCUGCACUCGUCGCUGGGCGAUGAGCGUGCUGCUGCUGGUUCUUUUCCCGGGGGAGCUGGUGGUGGAGAGGGGGCGGGGCGGGGGCAGGGGGGAGAGGCAGCGGGAGUGUCGAGGGCAGAGAGAAUCGAGGCGGCGCUGGCGGCGUGUCUUGUGGGUAGAGUUGAUCUGGAGCGGAGGCGGGUGAUGAGGGACGGGCGGGUGAAGCUGAAGCUGGCGCUCCUUGGCGUUGGCGUGGACCGGUGCGCGAUCUGCAUGUCGCAGUUCAAGGAGGGGCAGCGCGGCGUGUUGGGGAUGAAGUGUCAGCAUGCGUUCCAUGAGCGUUGUGUGCGGGUGUGGCUCGCGAGCAGCAGGACGUGUCCGCUGUGCAGGGAACGGCUGGACUGUGAAUGAUGGGUGUUGAACGUUGACCUCGGAUAUCGGACACGGACUUGAUUCGGGAACGAAAACGUAAAACGGCUAAUUUCGAAUCGGGGAAGGUGCUGUGCACACUUACUCUUUCGUGGACGACUUCCGUGUUUCAUCAUUCUACUCGUGACAUACCGCAAAAUCUGUGUUUCGUGCUUAUCUCUGGGACUUUCUUGUUUUCUUUCUUGCUUUGUCAUUUUCUUGAUCUGUCGUGUUCGCUUUCUUGGUUUCUUGUUGCUCUCUCAAUCUGUUGCGCCUAUGUUCAGGCCCAAUUGCAAGUAGUUUGUACUAAUACGUCACGUCAUGCUUCCUAAUCUCGUUCUCACAUACGCCGUGCUGAUUGUAUGUUAGCUCCCCACUCUACACACGGACACCGACGAAACGGCCCCUCCUGUACCCAUUUUGCGCUUGUUGUAUCUCACCUUGACGCACCCAUGUACUUGUUUUUAC